UCAAAUAUUCCGAUGGUGUUAAACUGUUCCAGAUAAAACACAUAUUCCAAGGGCACCAUUGCCGUCACCGGAACCCCAACUCAACCAUGCCGGCGUUCAAAACCCCGUUCAAUGGCUACGCCGUAAAGUUCAGCCCCUUUUACGAGCAACGACUCGCGGUCGCCACCGCUCAAAACUUUGGCAUCCUUGGCAAUGGACGGAUUCACGUAAUCGACCUUUCUCCCGCCGGACCGAUCGCCGAAAUCGCCGCCUACGAUACCGCGGAUGGUGUUUACGACGUUUCAUGGUCAGAAUCUCACGAUUCACUCUUAGUCGCAGCCGUCGCCGAUGGUUCGGUCAAGCUAUACGAUCUCUCCCUCCCACCUACUUCCAAUCCAGUCCGAUCCCUCUCCGAACACACCCGCGAAACCCACUCGGUUGACUACAACGCCGUCCGUCGAGACUCUUUUCUAUCAUCCUCCUGGGACGACACCAUCAAGCUCUGGACAAUCGAUCGACCUACCUCCGUCCGUACGUUUAAAGAACAUGCGUAUUGUGUUUACUCCGCCGCGUGGAACCCCCGUCACGCAGAUGUUUUUGCGUCGGCGUCCGGCGAUUGCACCGCCCGGAUAUGGGAUGUGCGUGAGCCGGGAUCAACAAUGAUCCUCCCCGCUCACGAAUUUGAAAUAUUAUCAUGUGAUUGGAACAAAUACGAUGAUGCAGUGAUCGCGACUUCAUCGGUUGAUAAAUCAAUUAAGGUAUGGGAUGUAAGAAAUUACAGAGUUCCUGUAGCUGUUUUGAAUGGACAUGGAUAUGCAGUGAGAAAAGUUAAGUUUUCACCACAUAGAGCAAGUGUAAUCGCGUCAUGUUCAUAUGAUAUGACUGUUUGUUUGUGGGAUUAUAUGGUGGAGGAUUCGUUGAUUGGGCGUUAUGAUCAUCAUACAGAAUUUGCAGUUGGGGUUGAUAUGAGUGUUCUUGUUGAAGGGUUAUUAGCAAGCACUGGAUGGGAUGAAUUUGCUUAUGUUUGGCAACAUGGGACUGAUCCAAAAGCACCUUGAACUUGAAACGGGUGAUCAUUCAUCUCAUACUCCUUUUCCUUAAUCACUGUAAUUUGUGUUAGAAUUCAAGAUUUUCUUGAUAAUUAGCAUAUAAUUCCAUGGUUGUUUUUGGACACUUUGCCUGUUUGUGUGUUGUUGAAUGAUCAAUGAUAUGCAUUAAAUGUUCAAAAGAUCAUUGGAAAUCAAGAGGGUGAUUGUUGAUCUCUUACA